AUGUCUGCCACCGACGGUGCUUCCUUUGACUUUAUCGUUGUUGGUGGAGGUACCGCUGGGAACACUGUAGCUGGCCGCCUUGCGGAGAAUCCCAAUGUAUCCGUCCUGAUCAUUGAGGCGGGUGUCGCCAAUUCUCAUGAAAUAAGCGAAAUCACUACCCCUGCAAAAGCUAUGGAUCUCCGUGGCAGCCAAUACGACUGGGCAUACAAGACAACCAUGAUUAGGCGCGACGACUACGAGCGUAUCGAGAAACCUAAUACCCGUGGCAAGGCUCUUGGUGGUAGUUCCUCUCUCAACUACUUCAGCUGGGUUCCCGGCAGCAAGGGUACCUUUGAUAUGUGGGAGGAGUAUGGCGGCAAGGAAUGGACGUGGGAUCCCCUGGUCCCUUACCUCCGCAAGAGUGUCACCUACCAUGACGACGAAAAGCUCUUCCCAGCUGACCUCCAGAAGAUCGGCUUAGGAGGCCCAAUUCCCAUUUCCCAUGUGGAACUUAUUCCGGAAAUGGCGCCCUUCCGUCAAGCACUCACUAAUGCCUGGAAGUCGACCGGCCAGCCUAUUACUGGGAAUAUUUUUGACGGAGAGAUGAUUGGUCUCACUCAUAGUGUGAACACUAUCUACAAAGGCCAGCGCUCUGGAAGCUUCUUAGCGGUGCAGAAUAAACCCAACAUUACUAUUCUGGCUGAAACCAACUCCAAGCGCUUAAUCAUUGAUUAUGCCGAUCGUACCUGCAGGGGUGUCACUGUCUACGAUAAAUCAGGCAAAGAGCUCACAUUCUAUGCCAAACGGGAGGUCAUCGUCUCUCAAGGUGUCUUUGAGAGCCCUAAGCUUUUGAUGCUUAGCGGUGUAGGGCCCGCCCGUGAGUUGGCCAAGCAUGACAUUGACGUUAUCGUCGACUCUCGUCACGUUGGCCAGCACUUGCUUGACCACCCUGGUGUUCCUUUCGUUCUUCGUGUCAAGGACGGCUAUGGUAUGGACAGUCACCUUUUGCAUGCUGGUGCUAAGCAAAACGCUGCUAUCUCUGCCUACCAGAAGGGCCAUCAUGGUCCCCUUGGAUCUGGUCUACUCGAGCUAAUUGGCUUUCCAAGAAUCGACAAGUACUUCGAGAAGGACGCUCAGUACCGCAAGGCCAAGGCCGCCAACGGUGGCCGUGACCCGUUCUGCCCAUAUGGCCAGCCCCAUUUUGAAAUAGACUUUAUCUGCAUGUUUGGCAGUGCAUUCCAGUGGCACUACCCAAUUCCCAAGUCUGGCGACCAUAUUAGCGUGAUGGUUGACCUUGUUCGGCCUGUCUCAGAUGGAGGUGAGGUCACUCUGAACAGCACCAAUGCUCUAGAGCAGCCCAACAUCAACCUAAACUUCUUUGCCGAUGAUCUCGAUAUAAUCGCUAUUCGGGAGGGUAUUCGAUUUGCUUACGAUGUUCUCAAGAACGGCGAUGAAUUCAAGGAUUUUGUUGUCGACGAGUACCCUUGGGACAUGCCCCUUGACUCGGAUGAGGAGAUGAAGAGAGUCGUCUUGGACCGUUCCCAGACCUCAUUCCAUCCAUGUGGCACUGCACGUCUUUCCAAGUCUAUUGAACAAGGCGUUGUUGAUCCGACGCUCAAAGUUCAUGGUGUCCGUAAUCUUCGUGUCAUUGAUGCUUCUAUUAUUCCUGUUAUACCGGACUGCCGUAUACAGAAUUCAGUUUAUAUGAUUGGUGAGAAAGGUGCAGAUUUGAUCAAAGCUGACCAUCCAGAUCUUUACAAGCCACACCGUGUUUAA